GUUUCUUCACAGUCUCGUGGAAGAGAAGGAAUUUUUACCAACUCCAGGAAAAACAUCCACCAAUUGAAUAGGCGGAGAAGAUGGCCAUUCAAAUCUCCAAAUUCGAGAAACUUGAAGAACUCCUACGUCCUCACCAGCACUCGCUUGCUCCAAGAAGGUGGAAGCCCCGCCAUAAAUCUUCUAAGCCGCAACUCCACCUUCUCCUUCAAAAUUCAAUCAAAGAUCACCUCCCACAUAGCCCUACUCAUCCCGCACCUUUAGAAGCUGUAAAUCCAGUUUUUGUAGAGGACUCUCUCUUUGGUUCAGUCUGCCAGGCUGCAGAAAACGAGGGAGAUAGCAUUUGUGUUAAUCUUCCUCUUAGAACUGGUUUGAGUAACAAUGUCUCCCAAGGAGACAAGGAUAUUGUUCUGGCACAGACCCAAUUUGGUAAAGGAACUGUCACAGAGGCAAUCGAUAAGCCAGAAUCUGUUGAGAGUCGAGGUAACUCUGACAUUUCUUCUUGCUCCUUGGUGAACGAGGGUGCUUAUAUUGAUUCCCUGAAAGGAAGGGAGGCAGUAGCAGGUAGGCAUGAUCAAGUUCAUAAGCUCCUUUCCCCCUUUGCAAAGGAAUUUAUCCCCCAAUCCAACUCUUUUAGCACUCUUUCGCAUCUUGGAACAGAAGAAAAUGUUUUGGACCCAUGUCUAGAUGAACCUGUUCUAACAGAGAUUAAUUUAUUACUGAUCGAUGAAAUAGAAGAUGAAUCGGCAAGAGGUGAUCUACAAAAAGAAUAUGAGCUUCUUUUGCCCUUGUUUGAACAACAUAUUAGUGAUGAUUUUGAGCAAGCUCUUUGGGUCAUUAAAGAAGCAAUUCGCUCUCCUUUCGUCAAGGAGAAGAUUCAGAAGGGCCUCGUUAAGACACUGGAGGGUAAGGCACUCAAAGCUACAAGGGAUGCUAUGAAGAGUGCGCAAUCCAUUCGGGUAAUUAAGUUGAGAGGUUAUGAUGAUUGGAAGAUCAUGAUGGAAGCACACCUCUACGCUCUACAUGAUUGCAUGUGGAUGGUGCUUGAAGAUGGACCCUUAAAAAUCCAAAUGGAGAAUCCUGAGAGGAAUCCAACCAAUCCAGAUGUAGUGCAGUACAUUCCAAAGCCCAAUGAGAAAUGGGAUGAUAGAGAUUGCAAGAAGCACAAUCUGGACAACGUCACCAAAGCAGCCAUCUUCAAGACACUUGAUCCCAUCACCUUUUCCAAAAUCAAGCAUCUUAAGACUGCCAUGGAGAUAUGGCAAGGUCUUGGGAAGCUGUGUGAUGGAUCAGAGGAUCUGAGAAAGCAGAAGAUAGAGGUCCUACUUGAGAAGUUCAAAAGCUUCAAGAUGCUUCCCAGAGAAUCAUUUGAUAUGUUGGAUGAAAGAUUCCACAAAAUCUUAAAUGAUCUUGCAUCACUUAACCACGUUCUUUCUCCUAAAGAAAAGAAUGUUAGGUUACUGAGGUCUCUUCCAACUGAGUGGUACACCAAAGCCACAGCCAUGGAAGAAAGAAGAAAUCUAGAGAACUAUGCUGUCCAAGGUCUCCUUAAUAAGCUCAGAACCUAUGAGCAUGAGCUGAAGAAGAAGAAGAAAGAACAAGUCACUCCUUUUCCCACGGCAUUGAUGACAACUCCCAGAGUCCCAUCAGGUGAAGGGACAUGCCCAAGGAAUUGUGACACUCCUUCCUUCAGCCAGCCGUCAAGCUCAAAAACGGAGAACUACGAUGAGGAAUUUGCCAUGAUGGUCAAGCAAUUCCGGAAGUUCAAUAAGUUCUUCAAGAAAGCUGAAUCAGUCAGAAGGCCAUCCAAGAGAAAGCCACAGGUAAGUGAAUCCCCUCCUGAAUUUUAUUUGUGUUAUAACUGCAGGAAGCCUGACCAUUUGAAGUCAGCAUGCCCGUACUCAAAACUGGAGAAGUGCGGAGAAAGAGAAAGAAACGAGAAGAAGAAGGUAAUGGUUGCAGCUGAAAGUGACGAGUCAUCCAGCUCAAGCUCGGAUGAAGAAGCCCUCGUCUGCAUGAAGCGCAGAGUUGAGAAGUCCAACCAUGAGGAUCGGUAGACUAUGUCAGAAGAUGACACUCUCUGCCUUGAUCAAGAGGUAACUUCACAAACCUCCUGCUCAUCUUCUUAUGAAAGCAUACCAACUUCUGAAAGUCUUUU